UCAGUUCCCUAAACAUUCCCAGUAUCCCAACGCGGGCCGAAAGCCCCUGGUGCCCCCAAACACGGGGCUCGCUGUGUGUUUCUCAAGCACGAACACGCAGGGCGCUGUGUGAACCCCCAAACACGGGGCUCGGCCUCUCCUUGCAGCUGCCCGGCUCUUCCUCACCUCAGGCGGGUGGAGCCGGCCCGGGGCCUUCCCGGGGAUCCCGGUGAUCCCGGUGUACCGGGGCAGCGGCGGCGGCCGCGCGGUGGCGCUGCGGGGCUGGCCCCGCCCCCGUUGCGCUGGCCACGCCCACCACGGCCACUGGCCCCGCCCCGCGCAGGCGCGGCGGGCCGCGGCCAUGGCGGAGAAGGCGCAGAAGAGCGUGAAGAUCGCGCCGGGCGCCGUGGUGUGCGUGGAGAGCGAGAUCCGCGGGGACGUGACCAUCGGGCCCAGGACCGUGAUCCAUCCCAAGGCCCGCAUCAUCGCCGAGGCGGGGCCCAUCGUCAUCGGAGAGGGGAACCUGAUCGAGGAGCAGGCGCUCAUCAUCAACGGGUCCGUGCGGCUCCCGGGGGGGCUUAAAAACCACGGGGAGGUAGAGAUUUAAAAAAAAAAAAAUCACCAGACUUCGUGCUUUUGUGUGCACGUGUGGCACUGUGGCUUGGGGGGAAGCCGCAGCAUCAGAGAAUUAUUAAAUAUUAAGUGUUUGAAGGGAUAUCUUCCACUGUCCCAGGUUGCUCCAAAGCCUGUCCAACCUGGCCUUUC